AUGGAUAAGCAGUGUUCCAUAUGUAUUAAAGAAUUCUCCUUUAUCAAACAAAACAAAUCAAAAUGUAAAAGAUGCGGACUUGUAGUUUGUCUUGAUUGCAAUAAAAAUGAAUUCAAAAUCUCUUCCUCCAUGUUGAAACCCCUCAAAAAGGAAAAAGUGUGUCUACAAUGCAAAACUGAUUGUUUGUACAUGGAAGAUUUAUUAGAACAGUUGGAAUUGUCCUGGAACAAGGAAACAGAAUUGUAAUUCGAGCUUUUUCAAUAAUCCCUUAAUUAGGAGCAAUACAAAUAGCAAAUUAAAGAUGCCAAAGUUCAAGAGAAUUUUAAACAGAAUCUUGAGCAAAUCAAAUCUGAUCUAAUCAAAUGUUUCAUUACUUAGGAAAUGUUUAACUACUCAUUUUAGGAUUGGAUUUGUCAUUCCACCAACAAAAUGAAAGUCAAUCAAAUUUUUGAUGACAUCGAGAAUCUCCUAAUUGUAUUUUUGUAUAGAAAUUCAGAAGUGGGAUAUUCUUGCGAAUUAUUAUAAAUUUCAAUUGUUUUGUUGACAUUAAUGAAGGAUUUUGCAGCCCUAUAACUAUUAGAAUAAAUCUAUGAAUUAAUGCCAAUUGAAUAUUGGCCUACUUCCACUCAAGAACCUAAUUUACAAACUCUAGUCCAAGACUUCCAACUUGCCUUCAAAAUUGAUUCAACCCAAAUUUCUUAAAUUAAGAAGUUUAUGGAAUUCUUUUCCACUCCCAAUACACAGAGCUUAUUCAUUAAAGGACUGAAUUUCUCUUGUUUUCAUAUCAUAUUCUAAGAAUUAGUUUAGUCGAUGAAUUUUGAAGUCAUCUAGAAAUAUCUGAUUGUAGUUGCUAAAUGCUGUUUAAAAUCAUUUGGAUAAUUUGGAUUUGAUUACAAAACAAUAGGCAAGCAAAUCCUUAACAAAACUGAUUAUAAAUCUAUCACAUAAAUUAAAACCUUAUUGGACUAGAAACUCGGAAAUUCUUAAUUAACUUUUUCAAGUCCUAAAGGUAGUAUGAUUCGAAAACGCAAUUCUGUUUGUAGCAUUGAAAAUAGUAGUUUUACUGAUACUCUUCCUUAAAUAAUGACACAAUAGAAUUCUUAGAGAGAGAUAAAAGUCGAAGAUAAUUUUAUUUUUAAUUUUUAGAACGAACAAAACUUACAAAUUAUGCAAUUAAUGAAGAUGAUUGAACAGAAGAAAAAAGAACUUCAUGAAUUAUAGAUUAAAAAUAACGCUCUAAAAAAUCAAACAGCAAAUAAGAAAUAAAUUUCUAAAUAAGAUCAUGAAAACUAUAUAACAUUGAUCGAGAAGGUCUCUCUUGAGAUCUAAGACGAGUUAAAAUAAGGAUUAUAGCUAUGCGAUUAAAAAUGA